GUCUUACGUCCCGCCAACACACAACCGCACACAUACGCAACUGCACGCCAACUUCUGUGGUGCUUCUCUCCUUUCGCGUCCGUGCAUUGCUACCCAUCGCUGCAGAUUUCGUUGUCCACACACUUACCUUCUCUCGCUUUUUUUAAACAAAAAGUCCAACCACAAUGGCUGAGGAAACCACCCGUGUUGAAGUCCCUGAGGUUGAGGAGAACGUCGUUGUCGAUGUCGUCCCGGAAAGCCUGGAGGAUGCCGUGCGCAUCGUGAUCCAGAAGGCGCUGGAGGCGAACGGCCUCGUUCGUGGCCUCUCUGAGGUUGCCCGCGCCCUCGACUGCAAGACCGCGCACAUGUGCAUUCUUGCCGACGACUGCGAGGAUGAGGAGUACAAGAAGCUGGUGACCGCCCUCGCCAAGCAGGGCAACAUCGACCUGAUCAACGUCGAGGAGCGCGAGAAGCUCGCCCAGUGGGCCGGCCUCGUGCGCCGUGACGUGGCCGGCGAGGUGACCAAGACCCUCAAGUGCUCCUCUGUCGCCAUCCGCGACUUCGGCGAGCGCACCAAGGCGCUGGACUACCUGCUGUCUCAGCUCCACUAA